ACACAAAACAUAUGCAUUUUGAGGUCUAUAUACAUAAACCCAUCAUCACUUUAGGGUCCAUCAUAAUGCAAGCCAUCCCAUCCCUCUAACAUUUCAAUUUCAAAUAUUCCACCAAAAAAAAAAAAAAAAUGAAGAAAAAUGUUUCUGGGAGCAAAUCGCCUCUCUUUUGGGUUCAAUUGCAAAAGCAAAAUCCAUUGCCAUCAAGAGCAGAACUAUCGCAGCCAAGCUCGCCUCAUCAUGUUCUCAUCUCUUACGAGGAAUAAAAGGGCUCUGAUGGGUUCCAUCUCCAAUAAGAUCAACAAUCUCCUAGAUGGUCAGUAUGACGAGCAUGAACAAGAAUGCAGAGGUGAUCAAAGUAAGGCCAUUGUUCUCUACAAUGCCAUGUUCAACGAGUCAUACCCAAGGUUGAGUUAUGUUGAGGAGAAGGGCGAUACUGAUGAGAUUAAUGUUAUUAAUGAUAAGUGUCCAGAUCUUAGGCAUCCGCUGUUUAAUGAAGAAAUGGAUUUGGAAGGAGGAUCCGUCAUCGAGCUUGUGAGGAACUCGAAAGAGGAAAGAGGAGAAGAGUUCAGACUGGAAGACGAGAUCGACCAUUUGGCAGACUUGUUCAUAACCAGGUUCCACAAGCAGAUGCGCAUGCAGAAGCUCUUGUCCUUCAAGAGUUAUCAAGAGAUGCUGGAGAGAAGCAUUUAGAUCUCAUCAAUGGAUCUCUUAAUUACGUGAAUAAUAUAUAUUGACAGUCAGUCUCUUCAUUCUUUGUUUUCUCAAUGGACCGCUGCUUCGUCAUUCCUACUAAUUAAUUUCUCAUUUAGUUUCUUUGCCCUUUAAGUUUUCCUUUUACGUCUUUGAAGGUGAGAAUUUUUGCUAUUACGCAGUAAAGUGGGCGAGCGUCU